GUUUUUCUUCUAUUCUCAGGGUAAGAUGGUGAAAGGAAUGGGAGGAGCCAUGGAUUUGGUGGCAAGCGCUGGAACUAAGGUGGUGGUCACCAUGGAGCAUUCAGCUAAGGGAGGAAAACACAAGAUACUGGACAAAUGCAGCCUGCCUUUGACAGGGAAACAAUGUGUGGAUCGGAUCAUCACAGAAAAGGCUGUGUUUGAUGUCGAUAAGACAAAAGGUCUGACCCUGGUAGAAAUAUGGGAGGGACUUACUCCCGAAGAUAUCAAGGGAUGCACUGGCACAGAUUUUGAGGUGUCUCCCAACCUGAAGCCUAUGCAGCAAAUUUAGAGGAGCUUCCACUGGCCUCAGAGAUGUGUUUUUGGUUUGUCACUUCAUUUCUCUGUGAUAAACAUCAGGUUAUUUAAUGAAAUGGGUCAAAUGAGCUUUUAAAAAACAUACCUGGUUCAGCCAAGGUUUUCUUGGCAAUCAGCAUGCAGCUGUCAAAUAUUUUCCUCUGUAAUAUUAACUAAAUGUGAUUAACAGAAGUCACUUUACACUUUUAUUUUUGUGCUCUUAGAAGGAAUGAAGAAAAUUGCAUUGUUGCCUAUUACACAUUUAAGUUAUUAAUUUUUUUUUUUUUUUACUUAUGCGAGUCUUUUACGCAAUCAUCAGUUUGAAAAUUGCUUUAAAAAUAUUGAUAUUAUUUUGUUUUUUCCAACUUUACUAUUAUUUUCAAAAGAAAUGAUGCAAAAACUCUUUUGAAUCAGAUUUUCUGGGAAAUAAAUAAGAAAGGUUAAAUAUUUGAACCGUGAGACAAUUUCCAGUGUUUUGGCUCUCGACGCUAUAAUAGUAGAUGUUAAAAGUAUCAAUCAGUGUGCAGUUAAGUGGAAACAAGCAGUAAUUCAAGAAUCACAAUAUAUAAUAUGAAACAUUGCAACUUUUUAUAUCAGCUUCAGACCUAUCCCGCCUACUUCAUUGGUGAAGGAACAACAGUGGAAUAUGCGACACCAUUUAUUAUUUGGUUGAACGACUACAUAUUAUCCAACUGUAACUUGAAUAUGAUUGAUAAGCUGAAAGGCAUGUCUGUGUGUCACUGAAAUGUAAUGAAUGAAAACCAGUGUCCUAUAGGUCAAGUGAGUAUUCAUUUAUCGUAGAACAAAUAUGUAGUUGUUUUAAAUUGUGCUGUGACAUGAAACGGGGAAAAAAAAGUUUGUAGAUGAGGCUUCCAGUGUUGAAUAUGUUUUCUUUUUUUUUUUUAAUAAUGAAGAUGAUGAGCCAUUAUUUUACUAUCAACCUCUGCCAUAAUAUAGACUUGUCUAUUUUUCUCAACCUCUGUGUUUUGAAGCAGGUGGGCUUAUCAGAUAUUUCAACCAGAAAACAUGAAGCCAUAAUAAUAUUUACAGAGACAUUUGCUGUUCAGAUGCAAUUGUGUGUAAAAUAAAAUACAAGCUGGCGUGCAGAGUGAA